UGUGUUACUUCCGGGUCACCAAACCGGAAAAAUUUCUUCGAAUUCUUUCCUGUCGCAUUCAGGACGUGCACUAUAACAACGCACACAAUUAUUGCCCUCAUUGAACCAGCAAAAUGGGUAAAUUUAGCUGUUGCUGCUGCCACACAGGGGAUGACGAGGAAACCACUCCCAUUGCCCCAAAGGACGAUGCUGAGAUUUCAUCGCCUGUAUCUAAUUACGGCACAUCAGCCGAAGAAUCGACCGAGAAAAAAAAAAAUAAGUCAGAAAAAGACGGAAAAGAUCAAAAGAAAGAGGAGAAAAAGGAGUGGAGUAAACAACUAGAGUUUAAGAAACUUGACAUUGUGGAAUUUGACCGCAUCUUCACUGAUUUCGCAAAUGCACUCGACCCUUUUGUAGUAAACAGAGAAAAGUUGGAAAAGGCUCUCACGGCAUUUAAAAAGUCAGUCGAGUCAUACUGUGGAAUAACUUGGCGAAAAACCUUCAAAGAAUACGUCCAAGCAUUAAAAGAUACCCUGAAAAACGAAGGAAUUUUCAUCAAAAUAAAGGAAGGCGCAGUGAAGUUCUACGGCGAAGUCACCAAAGCAGUCAAAGCCGUUCAAGAUAUUGUUGCCGCCGUCCAAUCUAUACUCGAUGCGGGCAAAUCGCUAUUGCGCAUGCCUGAUACUGUGCUCUCCGCUAGCCUCAGAUCGGCUCAAGAUUUUGAAGAUCUUGAUGUCGGGGAAGUUCUGAACAGACGACUGAAGGUUGGUAUCUUAGAGUGUAGUAAAGUAGUCAAAGUAAAAACGGCGCUCUCACAGAAUGCCAAGAAGUUAAAAGCAGCCCCUGCGAUGGUCAAAGACUUUUGCAUUCAGGUCAAGGUGAUUAUCUCUGAGUUAAAAAAAGCGUUUGGAGAAGACGAAGAGAAGGAAGAGAACGAUGAAGAGCAAGCAAACGAUGAGAGUAAUGUUAAGGGAGAGGCAAGCGAGGAAAGAGGUGGGCAAGCGGGAAAAGAAAGCAAAGGGAAAGAAAAGGGUGAAGAAAAAGAAAAGGAAAAAGAAAAGGGUAAAGAAAAAGAAAAAGAAAAAGGAAAAGAACAAGAGGAGUACCACAAGAAGCUUCAGCUAGCGACCAUCGGGAUUGCAGAUAUCGAUCAUCUUUUCAGCGACCUCGCAAACGCGCUAAACAGGUUUAUACUGACGAGGGAAAGGCUCCAACAGGCGCGAGAAGCAUUCACUAAAAUCAUGAAGACCAUAACAGAGUUUGAUGGCGAGAAAGAAGUGAAAGCGUACGUGAAAGAAUUACAGAAGAAAGCCAAGGAAGGCAAAAUCACGAUCUAUUUGGAUACAAGAGAUGGUCACGUGAAGAUCACGUCAAUCAAAGGCGUAGAUCCGCCCGCCCCGUACCGAGACGCCGUCAAGGCAUUGAACAGCAUGAACGCGGCUGGCAAAGAGAGUCUAGACCUUGAGCCCACUGUGCAGCGGUCUCUAGGAGCAUGCAUCCGUGACAUCAAGGAGAUUGAUCCCGUCCGCGACUUUAAAAAGCUGGUCAGCGGCAUGAAGGCAGUCAUGGCGUUACCGAAAAAGAUCAGUGCGUUUAACGACAACCGGAAGAAAGUCCAAGACGCGCCCGCCAUCGUCAAGGAGUUCUUCUCGUACGUGAAGAAAUUACUGGAAGAUGUCGUAGCGGUGUUUUGUGAAGAAGAUGAAGAAGAAGACAGCAAGAAGAACAAAGAUGAUGAGAAAGAUGGCAAGGAAGGCGCCAAGAAAACGACGGAGAAACAAGAUGACGAGAGCCCGAAAAAGGCAGGAAGUGACGAAGAGGAUGAUGGGAAGGCAUCCGGGAAGGAACACGUACGCAUGUCAGGUAACCAUGGCAACGACGCUAAAAAAGAAACCGUUGAAGUUUGAGAAGAUUGAGAAUCAGACGGGAAAGCCAGUGAAUCCGAGAUGCCGAAGGUGUUUUUCAAUAGCGUUUUUCCUUAAGUCGGUUACUACCUUACAAUAAACAAUCAUUUCAAAUCCUAAGUGAACACGGCGCUUUUUAUGGCUAUUAAUCUUUGCUGAAAUAGAUUAUCGUUGAGAAUUAAUUUUACUCAAUAAUCAACUUUCGUGAUCUGCCCAAGCGCAAUGCAGUAUAGUUGCAGGCAUUCUGACCAGGCUUCUUGUGGUUCACAAUCAGGCGAGAGGGAAUGAGGAGAGCCAUAUCAGUGACGUCACAACUUGUAUAGGUAAAAUGCUUUUCAGCUUCUUUUAAUGAGGCAGAUAUAUACGAAAUUUAAACGAUGGCCAAACACAUAUUUUUAGUGGUGCUUAUCUUGUGAUUAAAAUCAUAAAUAAUGAAA